CGCACUGCCACGCUUGAAUCGGAUGUCGAGAAGCUUAAGGUGCGCCUCGAGUCCGCAACAAAGGAACGUGAAAAGUGGAGGCUUAAGAGCCUAAGCAACUCCUCUGAAGAAGAGGAGAUGUUACGGGUGAGUGCAAUAUCCGAUUUCUUAGAGCGUACAUUUGUGCUAACUAUUAUACUAGAGCAUGGCAACGUGUUCAAUUUGCAAGAAAGACUUCAAAAAUACAGUUUUGCGCACAUGCGGCCACAUCUUCUGCCGAGGUUGUAUCGAUGAUAGAAUUGCUAACCGAAUGCGAAAAUGCCCAGCAUGUAGCAAAGCCUUCGAUAAAUCAGAUGCAAUGGUAGUGUUUUACGGAUGAAGCCCCCAUAUUCGAAGAAGCCAGGGCAACGAGCCUCAGCAGUCGGCGUCCAAUUACGAUUCCAAUCCAAAUUCAACCCAAGUUAAUGCUUGCAGGAUAUGACGGUGGUUGCUCGCGAUCGGCUUUGUUGAUAUUCGACGAGUACGGGGACCAAGUCAAAGUGGUUUUGCUUUUAAACAUUUUGCGGGGGGUUGGAGGCUUUCGUGAACGGAUCCUCGUCGACAACUCAUGCUUUUUUUU